AUGGCACCGACCGUCCAGGACGUCAAGUCCUCCACGAACAACACACUUUCCUCCAUACAAUCUAAAGCUCAAGAAACAAUAUCGUCCAUACCGACCUCCCGCGAUGAAUUACCUUCCAAGGAGGAUCUCAAGAAGGAAGUCGAGCAAAGUGCUAAGAAGGCUGCUUCGGGUCUGAGAUCUCUUGCAGCAGGUGGUGUUGGUGGUGUCUGCGCCGUCGUGGUCGGCCACCCUUUCGACCUGGUCAAGGUCCGUUUACAAACAGCUGAGAAAGGUGUAUACACUGGUGCCAUGGACGUGGUCAGGAGAACAGUAGCUCGCGAGGGCAUGUUCCGCGGUCUAUACGCCGGUGUAUCUGCACCACUAGUGGGCGUAACUCCCAUGUUCGCCGUGAGCUUCUGGGGUUACGACAUGGGCAAGAAGCUAGUCGAAGCCACCACCGUCGUCCCAGUCAAAAACAACACGCCCCAAUACAGCAUAGGGCAGAUCUCCGCAGCUGGCUUCUUCUCUGCCAUACCCAUGACACUAAUCACCGCACCCUUCGAGCGCGUCAAAGUCCUACUACAAAUCCAAGGCCAGAAACAGCUCGCUCCAGGCGAAAAGCCAAAAUACUCCGGCGGCGUCGACGUCGUCAGACAACUCUACAAAGAAGGCGGCAUCAAAUCCGUCUUCCGCGGCAGCGCCAUGACCCUAGCAAGAGACGGCCCAGGCUCAGCAGCCUACUUCGCAACCUACGAAUACAUCAAGCGCACACUAUCCCCCAAAGACGCAGAGGGCAACGCAACCGGCGAACUAAGCUUGUCGGCCGUCCUCGCUGCCGGUGGUGCAGCUGGUGUCGCUAUGUGGAUACCUGUCUUCCCAGUCGAUACCAUCAAGAGCAGGAUACAGACUGAUCCUGGAAAGCCGACUAUUGGUGGUACAAUCUCGCAGUUGUAUGGCAAGGGUGGCAUUAAGGCAUUCUUUCCUGGAUUCGGACCGGCGUUGGCGAGAGCUGUGCCGGCGAAUGCUGCUACUUUCUUGGGUGUAGAGUUGGCGCAUAAAGCUAUGAAUAACAUGUUUGGAUGA